AGGGGCGGACUGAACAGGGAAAGUUGGGAGCGAGGAACACAAUCAGAGUCUGCACUGGAACCAACUUCUCUCCGUCCCCAGUGAAAUAUACUUUGCACAAGGAGCACCUGUGAGCACAUUCUGCAAAAAAAGAGGAGUCGUUCUCAUUCAACAGAAUGUCUGGCAGCACCAUAGCCAGAGUGCUGGUUGCGCUCUGUAUCGGGAGCGCGGUGAACUGCAUGCCCAAAGAGACGCACGAAAUGGCACGAAAUCGGCGACAAGCGCAGCAGCAUCACGUCUCCUCAGUCCCUCAGGAUGGUUGUAUAGAGAACGAUCAAUUCUAUGGUAUUAAUGACCAGUGGGAACGGCCAUAUUUGGGCAGCACAUUGACCUGUACCUGCCAUGGAGUUGCUGGCAUAAAGUGUAAAAGCAAACCUGAAGCAGAGGAAAGAUGCUUUGAUAAAGUCAACCAGCAGUACUACACUGUGGGAGAAACCUAUGAGCGACCCAAGGACGGCAUGAUCUGGGACUGUACCUGUAUCGGGUCUGGCAAGGGCAAGAUCAGCUGCACCAUUGCCAAUCGCUGUCAUGAGGGUGGGGCUUCAUAUAAGAUAGGUGACACCUGGAAGAGACCCCACGAGACUGGAGGCUACAUGCUGGAGUGUGUCUGUCUGGGUAAUGGAAAGGGAGAGUGGACCUGCAAACCUGUCGCUGAGCGUUGCUAUGACAACUCUGUGGGAACAUCAUAUGUUGUUGGAGAGACUUAUGAGAAGCCAUACCAGGGAUGGAUGAUGAUUGACUGCACCUGUAUGGGAGAGGGAAGUGGACGCAUCACAUGCACCUCCAGAAAUCGCUGCAAUGAUCAGGAUACUCUAUCCUCCUAUCGCAUUGGAGAUACCUGGACCAAGACAGACGCCCAAGGAAACAUGCUCCAGUGUCUGUGCACAGGGAAUGGCCGAGGGGAGUGGAAGUGUGAGAGACAUGGCUCUCUUCACACCACUGGCCUGGGCAGUGGUUCUCGAGUGAUCACUAACAUCCAGCCUGCAGUCUACCAGCCUGCCACUGUGCCUGACUUUCCCCAGGAGGGUCCCUGCCGGUCAGAUACAGGACUGAACUAUUUCAUUGGUCAGCGCUGGAUAAAGAACCAGGGCACCAAGCAGAUGCUCUGUACCUGUCUUGGCAAUGGAGUCAGCUGUGUACAGUGGGAUGGACCAGCUCCAGUGUAUGGUGGCACCUCUGGUGGUCAGCCCUGUGUAAUUCCCUUCGUCCACAAGGGGAAAACCUACCACUCCUGUACCUCAGAUGGACGCACUGACGGACAGCUCUGGUGCGCCACCUCCUCAGACUUUGAGACGGACCAGAAAUAUUCCUUCUGUACAGAGAAGAAUGUAAUUGUGGCAACACGUGGUGGCAAUUCUAACGGUGCUUUGUGCCAGUUCCCCUUCCUCUACAAUGGUCGAAACUACACCGACUGUACUGCUGAUGGACGUAGAGACGGCAUGAAGUGGUGUGGCACCACAACAAACUACGAUGGAGAACACCGUUUUGGGUUCUGUCCCAUGGCUGCCCAGGAAGAAGUAUGUACCAGCACUGAAGGGGUGAUGUACCGCGUGGGAGACCAGUGGGACAAGCGUCACGAUGUUCUGGGCCACAUGAUGAGAUGCACCUGUGUGGGCAAUGGCCGAGGAGAAUGGAGCUGUGCGGCUUACUCCCAGAUUAAAGAUCAGUGUAUUGUGGACAAUCUGACCUACGAGGUGAACCAAACCUUCACCAAACAACACAAUGAAGGCUACAUGAUGAACUGUACCUGCUUUGGACAAGGGCGUGGCCGCUGGAAGUGUGAUGCUAUUGAUCAGUGCCAGGAGCCGGAGACAAGAGCUUUCUAUCAGAUCGGAGAGUCUUGGGAUAAAGUCAUCCAUGGAAUUAUGUACAAGUGCUAUUGCUAUGGUAACGGCGUUGGAGAACUCAGCUGUGAGCCUCAGCAGUCCUACCCCGGUGGUAACCGCCCAGUUCAGGUAUUAAUAACAGAAUCUGGAAACCAACCCAACUCCCACCCUAUCCAGUGGAACGCCCCACAGUCGGCUCACAUUACACAGUACAUCCUCAAGUGGAAAGUGAAAAACACUCAAAACCCGUGGAGGGAGGUGUUGAUUCCUGGUCAUCUAAACUCCUACACCAUCUCAGGUCUGAAGCCGGGUAUCACCUACGAGGGUCAGCUGAUUAGCGUGCUGCGGUUUGGACGCAGAGAGAUCACACGCUUUGACUUUACCACCACAUACGGAUCAUUGGCUACAUCACAAGGCGAGACCACCCAGCUUCCUCCUGUGGUUGACAUCUCAGAGUCGGUGACGGAAAUUACCUCCAGCAGCUUCGUCAUCUCCUGGGUCUCUGCCUCCGACACAGUUUCUGGUUUCAGAGUAGAGUAUGAGCUCAGUGAGCAGGGACAUGCCACUGGACAGCCCAUGGUGCUAGACCUGCCCCGUACAACUACCUCAGUGAACAUAAAUGAACUUCUACCUGGGAGGAAAUACACUGUCAAUGUCUACGAGGUUACAGAUGACGGAGAAGACAACCUCAUUCUUACUACUUCACAAACAACUGCUCCUGAUGCUCCUGUUGAGCAUGAAGUGGAGGAAGUGGGAGAAACCUCCAUUGUGAUAAGCUGGGAUAAACCACUUGCUCCCAUCACAGGUUAUCGCGUCGUCUACACUCCAUCAAUCGAGGGCGAAAGCACGGAGCUGACUCUCCCUGACACGGCAACAUCUGUGACUCUGAGUGACCUCCGACCGGGGAAGCUGUACAACAUCAGUAUCUAUGCUGUGGAGGAUAGCCUGGAGAGUGAGCCUGUCUUUGUACAGGUCAACACAGCUGGAGAUCCACUGCCAGAUGAGGUGGUUUCUCCUACAGACCUUCAGUUCUUCGAGGUGUCCGAUAAGAAAAUUGUUCUGACCUGGUCUGGACCAACCACUGAAGUCUCAGGAUACCGGGUCACCGUCAUCCCUGUUGAUGAAAAUGGUUCUCCCCAGAGGGAAAUGACUCUUCCUGUCAGUCAAAACUCCUACAUCGAAGUGACACACCUACAGCCUGGAACACUGUACCGCUUCAAUAUCUUCACCAUUAACAAUGGAGAGGAAAGUUUACCGCUUACCGGGGAGCAAACUACAAAGCCUGAUGCUCCCACAGAUAUCCAUUUCUCCAAUGUGACUGAGGACAGUGCUGUGAUCAUGUGGUUUGCCCCCCGUGCCAAAGUCACCGGCUACCGUCUCUUCCUCACUGUUGAGGGCUCAAACCCCAAACAGCUGCGCCUGCCUGCCCGCCUUACUCAGUACACCAUCCUCAACCUGAAGCCCAGUACAGACUACACUGCUACGCUGCAUGCAGAGCAGGACAAUACACUGAGUGAAGGAGAGACCGCAGUGUUCACCACAAGCCCGCCAAUGGGCAACGCCCCUCAUUUCAGCACUGAUGUAACUGACACCUCCAUUAUUAUCUCCUGGACUCCAGUUUCCCGCAUUGGAUAUAAGUUGACAGUAAGGCCCAGCCAGGGAGGAGAGGCCCCCAGAGACGUGACUUCUGACUCAGGAAGUAUUUAUGUUUCUGGCCUGACUCCGGGAGUGGAGUACACAUAUAGCGUCCAACCAGUCAUCAACGGCCAUGAGUCGGGAACCCCAAUCACACGUCGUGUAGUCACACCUUUGUCUCCUCCUACUGACCUCAACCUGGAGUCUAACCCAGGCACUGGAGAUCUCACCGUCCAGUGGAAUGGAGCAAGCACACCAGACAUCACUGGCUACAGAGUGACAUGCGCUCCCACCAAUGGACAGCAAGGAAACAGUGUGGAAGAGUUUGUGGAGCCGGAGAAGAACUCCUGCACCCUGGAGAACCUCAGCCCAGGAGUGGAGUACAACAUCAGCGUUUUUACUGUUAAGGACGAUAUGGAGAGCACUCCUAUAUCAACGAUUGUUACACCAGACGUCCCACAGCUCACAGACCUCAGCUUCAAGGAUGUAAGCGACACAACUAUUAGCCUCCGCUGGUCCCCGCUCAACACCACAGCCAUCACAGGUUACAAGAUCACAGUGGUGGCGGCCGGCGAGAGCGUACCCAUCUUUGAGGACAUGGUUCUGCGAACAACUGGUGAAUAUAAAGUGUACGGUCUGGAACCUGGAAUCGACUACGAGUUCAGUGUGACCACUGUGACGGAAAACGGAGAGAGCAAGCCAACCACCCUCAUUCAGCAGACAUCCGUACCAGCACCUACUGAUUUGGGCUUUGGCCAGGUUGGGCCAGACAGUAUUGAAGUCACCUGGGUCUCUCCCCAAGUCCCUAAUGCCGCUGACAUCAACAGCUACCUCAUCAGGUAUCAUCCCAUUGAUGAUGAAGAUGACCUUACAGAAACCAGCACAGGAGGCAAAAGUAACAAUGUGGUGCUAAGGAACCUUCUGCCUAACACAGAGUAUCUGGUGAGCGUGGUGUGUGUUUAUGAGCAGAGAGAGAGCUCACCCCUCGUUGGCACCCAGAAAACAGCCAUGGACUCACCAGUUGACAUGCGUUUCUCUGAGAUCUUCACCAACUCCUUUACCAUCCACUGGCUCGCUCCCCAGAGCAAAAUCACCGGUUACCGUAUCCGUUACCAGAUGGUCAGUGGUGGGAGGGCCAAGGACGAGAGGCUGCCCCCAUCCAGGAAUCACUUCACCCUGACAGGACUGACAGCAGACACAGAGUACCUAGUAAACAUCUAUGCAGUGAACCGGGCACAGGAGAGCCUGCCACUCAGUGGAACACAGAAGACAAUCUCUGAUGCUCCCACAGACCUGGAAGUGCUAGACUCCUCCCCCACCAGCAUCACUGUCCGCUGGGAUGCCCCACCUGUCACAGUGCGCUACUACAGAAUCACACAUGGAGAGAUCGGAGGUCACAGUAAUCCUAAGGAGUUCACAGUGCCUGGCUCUCAGUCCACUGCUACCAUCACUAACCUGAAGCCCGGCACUGAUUACAAUGUCACUGUCUACGCUGUGACUGGUAGAGGAGACAGCCCUGCAUCAAGCACUCCAAUCUAUGUCAUUCACAGGACAGGAGUCGACUCUCCGUCUGAAAUGGAAGUGAUGGAAGUGAAAGACAACAGUGUCACAGUGAGAUGGAGCCCUGCCCAGGGACCAAUCAAAGGAUACAGGGUGACUGGGGUCCCAAGAAAUGGACAGGGACCUUCCUUCACUGAAGUGGUGGCUCCAGAUCAGACAGAAAUUACUUUCUCAGGACUGAUGCCAACAGUCGAGUAUGUUUUGAGUGUGUAUGCUCUUGGACAAGAUGGAGAGAGCUCUCCAAUGGUUGUGAAUGCUUUAACAAAUGUAGACCAUCCUAAGGACCUGACCUUCUCAGACAUCGACUCCACCUCACUGAGAAUCAGCUGGGACAGUCCUGAGGGAAUCGUCACUUCUUACAGGGUCUUCUAUUCAAGUCCGGAGGAGGGUGAGAGAGAGCUGCGCCCUGCUCCCCGAGGAGAUGCUGAGUCCACUGUCAUCUAUGGUCUACAACCCGGCACUGAAUACACUGUGAAGGUUAUCGCUCUGCAUGAUGACACAGCCAGCACACCACUUGUUGCUACACAAGCUACAGCCAUCUCACCCCCAACCAACCUCAAGUUCUCUCAGGUCGGCCCCACAUUUUUCACUAUGAGCUGGUCGGUGCCAGGCCAGGAAAACCGUCUAACAGGGCUAACUGGCCUCACAGGCUACCGUGUGGUGGUGAACCCAAAGGACAAAAGCGGCCCUACCAAGGAGAUUAACUUGGCCCCGGACACCACACAGGCACACAUCUCAGGACUUAUGGUUGCAACUAACUAUGAAGUCCAUGUUUAUGCCUUGAAGAACUCGCUAACCAGCAGGCCAGUCCAAGGAGAGGUCACCACCCUGGAGAAUAUCAGCCCCCCUCGUCGUGUUCGUAUCUCAGACGUCAAUGACUCUUCCAUCACCUUUACCUGGCGCUCCAAGACAGAAACCAUCUCUGGCUUCCUGGUUGAGGCCACGCCCACUUCUUCCUCAUCAGACUACAUACCCAUUCAGAAGACCAUCGGCCCUGACUCACGUUCAUAUGCUAUCACAGGUUUGGAGCCAGGCACAAAUUACAAGAUCACCAUCUAUACACUGAAAGGCAAUGGACGCAGCGCACCUUUCACACUCACUGCCACCACAGCCAAACCAGUGGUCAUCCCUCCCACCGAUAUCCGCUUCACCUCCCUGAACCCGAAUAGCAUUUCAUUCACCUGGGAGCCUUCACGCAGCCCGGGAGUUACAGGGUAUUACGUCACCUAUGAAGAAGCUGGAGGUCUGCCUCGUGAACUGACACCUAGACCCCAUGCAGGCCAGAGCUACGCCAUUAUUAAUGGUUUGAAACCGGGAACAGAGUACGUCAUUAAGAUCGUGACUCUGCAGAAUACCUUGAGAAGCACGCCUCUUGUGGGCAAAGCCAGAACACAGCUAACUACAGAUCUAUUGGUGCCAAAGCUGCCAGAGCUUCCAGUCCCUCACAGACCAAGCACUGAUAUCUUGGAUGUUCCUGACUCCUACAAUGACCAAAUUUUCGACUCUAACCAAGUUCACUUGGCUGGUACUAGUGGCCAGAACCAACCAGGCCAACAGGGCCAGCACAUCUAUACAGAGUACCAGAGCCUGGGCCCCAAUAACGGACUCAACGGCCCCUAUAGUGGACCCAAAGAGGGCCGGAGACCAACUCUCAGAGAACCCCUCAUCUAUAUUCCUGUAGCAGGCCCUGAUGGAAACAGAGUACCAUUGGUCAAGGUGAGCGAGGGUCCUCUACCAGGUCUUGCAUUUGGUUUCCCUGACAACGAAACAGACAUGCCCCAAGAAGCACAGACUGUCACCACCAUCUCAUGGCAACCCAUUCCUCAGACCUCAGAGUAUGAGGUGUCCUGCAAUCCCAUCACACACCUGGAGGAGAGGGGCUUCCAGAUGCGUCUUCCUGGCACUUCUAACAGGGCAACGCUCAUUGGAUUGACAUCUGGAGCUUCCUAUAAUGUUGUAGUAGAGGCCAUGAGGGGCACGGCUAAAGAGAAGGUUUUGGAAGAAGUCGUGACAGUCGGCAAUGCCGUUCCAGGUGACCUCCCCAUUACGCCCAGCCAGGAUGUGUGUUUCGACACAUUCACACAAACCUACCACGAGGUGGGCUCCGAGUGGGAGCGCAUGUCUGAGACAGGCUUCAAGCUGUGGUGCCGCUGCCUGGGGCUGGGCAGUGGCCAUUUUAGGUGUGAUUCAUCCAAAUGGUGUCAUGACAGCGGUAAUAACUAUCGUAUCGGUGAGAAGUGGGAUCGCCAAGCCGAGAAUGGUCACAUGAUGAGCUGCACCUGCCUGGGCAAUGGCAAGGGAGAAUUCAAAUGUGAACCCCAUGAGUCAACAUGUUAUGACGAUGGGAAAAUGUACCAGGUGGGGAACCAGUGGCAGAAGGAAUACCUGGGUGCCAUAUGUACAUGUACCUGCUAUGGAGGACAACAGGGCUGGCGUUGUGAGAACUGCAGAAGGCCUGGAGUGCACACAGAUUUGGACGCUGACCUCCUUCAUCCAGUCAGUCCUGAUGUCUUUGACCGGUACAGAGAAAACGCUCUGCGCAAACUGAACAUUCAGUGUCCGAUUGAAUGUUUGAGGCCAGAGCUGCUUGCAGAUGCCCAGAGCCCCUCAGAGUAGAGAAGAGGCAGUGUGUGUGAAGAAAGACAAAAGUAAAGUUCUUAACAGCAUUGCUACCACUUCAAGAAGGAAACCUCCUCCUGUUUUCAUUAAAAUGAAGACAUCUCCAUCAGACGUGUGCCUUGAAGGUUUUACCCUCAUCCAAAUCUAGGGCCUUAAGACCAGUGUGUGAGAUCAAUGGGCAUCUAUAAGCUUAUGGCCACAGUAUUUCUCCAACAUUCUUUGAAGGGUAAUGCGAGCGGAAAAGGUAUUAGUGGAUUGCAAUGUGCAACCUCACCACUAGAUGGUGACGAAAUCUUCACACUGGUCUUUUUUUAAAACUUUCAUACACCAGCCUCUGUGCCUUAUCCAAUAUCUGUCAUGCUUUCUAUUUAGCUGUGAUCCAUUAUUCUUCAGUAGACACAGGGAUUUCUUCAUUCAAUCCAUUCAAACACAAAUCCUGCUGCUUUAUCACCUGCCAGUAUUGUUGUCUAUUGUUACUGUUGCAAUGUGACUUUUUCAUAAUUUAAACAUUCCAUGACAAUUCUCUUCAUUUUACAGACAAAACACACCACUCAAAGUAUUUCUGCUCCCUGAUAAUAACUGUAGCAAUAUUUGUUACAUUUGCCAUGAUUAUGUCUUUCACUGUGACUUGUAUAUGUAGUGAGAAAGCUUUUAGGUAAUGCAUGAAUGCAUUUUCUGGCUCCUUUUACAUUUCCAAAUCAGGACAGUGUUGGUUUAUUGCAAAUUAAUUCUUAAGCCAUACAUUAUUUUCAUUGUUUCCAGGUUAUAUUGACAUUGUCUCAGUUUGACUUACUCAGCUUAACUGUUAGAAUAAAAUAAAGUGGUCAAGCCUGUUUUAAUUAAAUUUAAUGAGCAUUCUUUGUAAUGCAGCAAUACAGUUGUAGAAGCUGUAAAGUAUUAUUAUUGUCCUGCCUGUUUCUCCAUAGCAAACGUCCUGCUAUAUUUAUAAAAACAGAUCAGUGGCUCACCAAGAUUUAUCUUUAAUUCCGAAGAAAAUUCAAACCAACAAACUUUUCCUAAACAAAUAUGAGCACUGUUGGCUAAAAGUAAGAAUUGAAACAAAAGGGACCUUGCUAGCAUUAUAGCACAGGCACCUGAAGUCAUCAUGUAGAUAUGAUUAUCUGAUUAUCUGAACUUUUUAAAAAAAGUUUUAGUUCCUGUUUAAGAAGAAGCUGACUGACCAAAAGACAUGUUAUUUCAAAAUGUAUCAGAAAAGUCACAAUUUUUUCCAAGUGAAAUGCAUUUUAAAGCGUAAAUGUUUGUAGUUUUUUUUUUUCAUUUCCUUUAUUUAUCCCUUUUUAUUCAGGCAUUUGUUCAAUGCUUUUUGGGGUGUACACUUUAUUUUUUGAUUCACUUGUUUUUUAUAUUGUUGGUGCCAAAAUCGGAACUACUGUGGACUGAAUCUUUAUAAUAAACUAAAAAAAAAAAAAACAA